ACAUCAACCUUGCCCUCCUUUUAAUUACUCCAAUCUUCCUCAGAAUAACAUUCUUUGAAUUUUCAAAGCAAUGUAAUUAUCUUGUGAAACUAUUUAUAAACAUUCACUCUGUUUUCACAGUAACUUAGCCGAGAAAAUACACAAAAUGCCGGAAACCAAAACCAGCCGAAAACACAUUGCGGUUUUAGCGUUUCCUUUUGGAACUCAUGCUGCUCCGCUUCUUAGUUUCGUCAGGAGGAUAUCCGAGGCUGCUUCGGACGUGAAGUUUUCUUUCUUCAACACAGCUCAAUCCAAUGCCUUGUUAUUUUCGAACGGUGGAGAAUUUGAGAGGGUGAAAUUUCAUGAUGUUGAGUCCGGGUUACCGGACGGAUACGUGUUUAAUAAGAGUCAUCCUAAUGAGCCUGUGGAGUACUUUUUGAAGGCAACACCAGGCAAUUUUGAGAGAGCUAUGGAGAUUGUAGUUGCAGAAACGGGAGUGGGGUUUUCCUGCUUGAUCUCUGAUGCUUUCAUUUGGUACGCCGCUGAGAUGGCCGAGAAAAGGCGAGUCCCAUGGAUCCCCUUAUGGACCUCCGCAAGUCGCUCCCUUCUCGUCCAUCUCGAUACAGACAAUUUGAGGGAACGCCUCGGAAUCAAUGGACCUGGAGAGCAAACCCUGGUAUUUUUUCCAGGAUUUUCUUCAAUAAGAGCAAUGGAUCUUCCGGAAGGAACAAUCUCAGGACCUUUAGAUGAGGGCGUCCCAGUUCUUCUUCACAAAGUGGGACAAAUCCUGCCGAAAGCAGCAGCUGUGGCUUCAAAUUCCUUUGAGGAAAUAGACCUUCCUGAUGUGAACACAUUGAUGAAGUCAAGACUACCCAAUUUUCUCAACAUUGGCCCCUUCACAUUAACCUCACCACCGCCCCCGGAUUCCGAUAAAAACGGCUGCCUGGAAUGGCUGGAAAAGCGCGAAAAAUUAUCGGUUGCCUACAUAAGUUUCGGCAGUAUUAUUCAGCUCCCGCCUCCCGAGCUUACAGCUUUAGCUGAAGCGCUAGAGGCAAGUAAGACUCCAUUUCUUUGGUCAUUUAGAGGAAAUCCUAAGGAACAAUUGCCCCCAGGAUUUUUACAAAGGACCAGCGCCUAUGGCAAGGUGGUUCCAUGGGCUCCCCAGUUAAAAAUCCUGGAGCAUUCUUCAGUUGGGGUGUUUGUGACACACGGUGGAUGGAACUCUAUACUGGAGAGCAUUAUCGGCGGCGUGCCGAUGAUUUGCCGGCCGUUUUUCGGGGAUCAGAAGCUGAACGAACGAACUCUGGAGACAGUUUGGGGGAUUGGUUUGGGAGUUGAGGGGAGAAAAUUCACAAAAGGUGGAGCAAUUAAAGCCUUGGAAGUAAUAUUGUGUAGUGAACAAGGGAAGAUUAUGAGAGAAAAAAUUGCUGUACUGAAACAACUUGCAUUUCAAGCUGUGGAAUCUGAAGGGAGCUCCACAGCAAAUUUCAAAACUGUUAUGGAGGUUAUCACCAAGACAUAGUUUAAUUUGUGAUUGUUGUAAUUUCUUGAAUCAUUUAUGAUUCAAGGUAAUAAGUAAUCCAACCUUUAAUUAUAAUUUAAAGGUGAUUGUUUGUUUAAUU